AUGUCCACAGACUCAUCAACCAUCUGGACGACACUGCCAGCUACUCAGAAUGCUUCGAAUCUUCCACCAGUGACAGGUGAUAAGGAUUCGAAUGGAGGAUAUUUGACAGCGAUUUCUGAAGCGUAUGGAUCAUCAUCCGCCACAACCAGUCUCACCUCCUCUGUCGCCUCUCAACACCAAUACAAUUCCUAUCCAACGAGUGCUCAAUACGCAAUGUAUUCAAGUACAACACCAUCGUACUAUCAACAAAUGACGGCUAGUUUGAGAGCCGGCACCACUGCGUUUCCUUAUUCUUUAACAACACCUCCCUACUACACCGGAACCUAUCCAGUGGACUACACAACGGCGGCUGCCUAUCAAACGGCUCCCUAUUACAACAUUCGUGGAGGAACCACAACUCCAUAUUACAAUUCACUAAACUCAGCAGCUGCUGCCUAUGCCAGCGUCGCAAACUCGGUCCUUUCCACGGAUCCCAUCAAUCUAGGAGGCACAUCAUCCGACGCAUCUUCCACCGGUGUCUCCUCAUCUACAGUAGGAUCCUUCACUUUCAAAGAAAAGAAGCCAAAAAUAUCGAAAAAGAAGAAAACGGGAUCAUGUUCCCCGGGAGACGAAGCCUACGCGAGAGUUUUUAUUUGGGAUCUAGAAGACGUCGCAGUGGUUUCCAGAAACUUCUUAGAAUCCACGGCACACCACCAGUUUUACGCGCCAGCUGCUGCUGGAAUCUUUGAUUUGGUUGAUGGAAUUGCUAAAUCCAGCUUUUCGGAUAUCAAUGAGGCCCUCGAAGGCGACGUGACCAACAUCGAAGACGCCGUUAUUGAUGACAUUGCCAUGGAUCAAGGACCAAUGGACAACCUUCGUGGAUUGGAUGUGAUGAGACGAGUCGCCCCAAAAUAUGCGACAUUCCGCCAAUUGUAUACAGAUUUAUCGUGCAAGGAAGAGCCAGUGUUUAAGCAAGAGCCAGAUUAUGCGAAAUCGAAUUCAGUUUUGAAUUAUGACCUCCUCGAACGAAUUGGACUGGUCAAUCGGGGAGCCGAACUCUCCCAAUACGCACUCCAGCUUCUUGCCUACAACAACUGCGGUCAGCGAUGGCAAUGCGCUCAAAGAUGUAUGGAUUUGGUAGUGGAACGAUCAAAAAUUUCCGCUGACAAAUAUGCGAACGUUGUUUUGACAAGUGAUGGAGUCGUCCAAGGAGCCGCUGAGCUCCUGAUUGCUGGGCUCAACGGAGCCGUGCCCAUUGAGAAUAUUUAUUCGACACUGAAACAGGGAAAAGAGUCGAUUUUCGAGAAGAUUCAGACGAGAUAUGGGAAAAAGUGCAGUUUCAUUUAUGUGACGUCCAGAGAUACAUCGAGAGAUGUCGCGAAGAGACUCUCCAUCCCCGUCUGGCCUCUCCAAUCCAACAAUGAUCUCGACAAAUUGUACAACGCUCAAGAGAGAUAUUUGCUCGGUGGAUAA